GAUUUGGUGAGCUCGAACCAUCCGUAAGGUCACCCGUCUCUUUUCCCCCUCACCUUCUUCCUCCUCUCGCCUCCUAUAGAUCUCCUCUUCCUCCUCUUCCUCUCCACCACCGCCGCGCCGCCGCACCAUCCUCCUCUCUCUCCGGCGGCAAUGUCUUCCAACGGCAAGCCCAACCCUCCCCCUGCUGCUUCUGCGGCGGCGGCGGCUGGCAACGGCGCCGGUGGCCCGCCCAAGAUGUACCAGCGACCCAUCUACCGCCCCCAGGCGCCCGCCGCCAAGCGCCGCCGCGGCGGGAGGUCGUCCUGCCGCUUCAGCUGCUGCUGCUGCUUCUUCUACGCGGUACUCGUCGUGCUCCUCCUCGCCUUCGUCGCCGCCGUCGCCGGCGGCGCGUUCUACCUCCUCUACCGGCCGCACCGCCCGGCGUUCACCCUCUCCGUCGCCCGCGUCGACAAGCUCAGCCUCUCCUCCUCCGCCACCGCGCCCACGCUCACCGACUCCAUCGACGUCACGCUCACCGCCAAGAACCCCAACAAGAAGCUCGUCUACCUCUACGACGACUUCGCCGUCACCGCCGCCACCGCCGCCAACGCCGUCCCGCUCGGGGAGGGAUCCGUCCCUGGCUUCGUCCACGACGCCGGCAACAUCACCGUCAUCAAGGCCACCGUCUCCGCCUCCGCCCUCGGCGUCGACCCCACCACCGCCGCCACCGACAUCAAGAAGUCCGGCGAGUUCACCAUCACCCUCGACCUCGAGACCAAGGCCGGCGUCAAGGUCGGCGGCCUCAAGACCAAGAAAAUCGGCGUGCUCGUCCACUGCGAGGGCAUCAAGGUGGCCGCCCCGGCGCCGCCGCCGCCGCCGGCGAAGAAGAAGAAGGGCGGCGUCAAGCUCUCCGUCUCCGACGCGCCGUCUCCCGCCGCGUCCGUCGACGACACCACCCCCUCGCCGCCGCCGGCGACCACCGUCGCGCGCGUGUGCCAGGUCAGGAUCCGAGUCAAGAUCUGGAAGUGGACCUUCUAGUGACGUCGCCCAAAUCCUAGGGGCCGCAUUGCAAAAUUUUCGGGGGGCAAAAAGAAAAGUUGCUUUACUUCUUUUUUUUUUUCUUCUUCUUCACGUUGGAGUGUAGUAGAAAUUCAGACCAAAAUCAACCGUCGGAUGCUGUAAAAAAAUGGUUUCUGUUUGAAUUUGACGAAAUUUGGCUGGGGGGAGGGAAGAAGCGACCACGCCGACAAGUGAUGCGAGGGAGGAGUCUUCUUUGGAGUGUGAGGCUUGAUUUUUUUACUUUUUGUAAUAUCUUGGUGUUAGUGCAAGUACAAUUUGGGGAUUUGUUAUUUUUAGUAAAUUUGUACUCCAAAUUUAUCUGAAUGUGGCAUCGCACGAGUAACAUAAUAUUCCCAGAUACUCUUUCUUUGAA